UCCCUGCUGGGCACAAACAGCUCCGCCAUGGGGCUGCCCUGGGGACUCGCUGUCCUGUUCCUGCUGCAUGUGUGUGGCACCAACCGCAUUCCAGAAUCUGGAGGAGACAACAGCGUCUUUGACAUCUUUGAACUCACUGGGGCUGCCCGCAAGGGCUCUGGGCGCCGACUGGUUAAAGGCCCCGACCCUUCCAGUCCAGCUUUCCGAAUCGAGGAUGCCAACCUGAUCCCCCCUGUGCCUGAUGAGAAGUUCCAAGACCUGGUGGAUGCUGUGCGUGCAGAGAAAGGUUUCCUCCUCCUGGCCUCCCUGAGGCAGAUGAAGAAGACCCGGGGCACACUGCUGGCCCUGGAGCGGAAAGACCAUUCCGGCCAGGUCUUCAGCAUAGUGUCCAAUGGCAAGGCGGGCACCCUGGACCUGAGCCUGACUGUGCAGGGGAAGCAGCAUGUGGUCUCCGUGGAAGAAGCUCUCCUGGCCACCGGCCAGUGGAAGAGCAUCACCCUGUUUGUGCAGGAAGACAGGGCCCAGCUGUACAUUGACUGUGAGAAGAUGGAGAACGCUGAGCUGGAUGUUCCGAUCCAAAGCAUCUUCACCAGAGACCUGGCCAACUUUGCCAGACUCCGCAUCGCAAAAGGAGGCGUCAACGACAAUUUCCAGGGGGUGCUGCAGAAUGUGAGGUUUGUGUUUGGAACCACACCAGAAGACAUCCUCAGGAACAAAGGCUGCUCCAGUUCUACCAAUGUCCUUCUUACCCUCGACAAUAACGUGGUGAACGGUUCCAGCCCUGCCAUCCGCACUAACUACAUUGGCCACAAGACAAAGGACCUGCAAGCCAUCUGCGGCAUCUCCUGUGACGAGCUGUCCAGCAUGGUGCUGGAGCUCAGGGGCCUGCGCACCAUUGUGACCACGCUGCAGGACAGCAUCCGCAAAGUGACUGAAGAGAACAAAGAGCUGGCCAACGAGCUGAGGAGGCCGCCCCUCUGCUAUCACAAUGGAGUUCAGUACAGGAAUAACGAGGAGUGGACAGUCGACAGCUGCACAGAGUGUCGCUGUCAGAACUCAGUUACCAUCUGCAAAAAGGUGUCCUGCCCCAUUAUGCCGUGCUCCAAUGCCACCGUUCCUGACGGAGAAUGCUGCCCACGGUGCUGGCCCAGCGACUCUGCAGACGAUGGCUGGUCUCCAUGGUCUGAGUGGACCUCCUGCUCUGUGACCUGUGGCAAUGGGAUUCAGCAGCGUGGCCGUUCCUGUGACAGCCUCAACAACCGAUGCGAGGGCUCCUCGGUCCAGACGCGGACCUGCCACAUUCAGGAGUGUGACAAGAGAUUUAAACAGGAUGGCGGCUGGAGCCACUGGUCUCCAUGGUCCUCUUGUUCUGUGACGUGUGGUGACGGUGUGAUCACAAGGAUCCGGCUCUGCAACUCUCCCAGCCCCCAGAUGAACGGGAAACCAUGUGAAGGCGAAGCUCGGGAGACCAAAGCCUGCAAGAAGGACGCCUGCCCCAUCAACGGCGGCUGGGGCCCCUGGUCACUGUGGGACAUCUGUUCUGUCACCUGUGGAGGAGGGGUACAGAAACGUAGCCGGCUCUGCAACAACCCCACACCUCAGUUUGGAGGCAAGGACUGCAUCGGUGACGUCAUGGAAAACCAGAUCUGCAACAAGCAGGACUGUCCAAUUGAUGGAUGCUUAUCCAAUCCUUGCUUUGCGGGUACCAAGUGCACCAGUUACCCUGACGGCAGCUGGAAGUGUGGUGCUUGCCCCCCUGGUUACAGUGGAAAUGGUGUCCAGUGCAAAGAUGUCGAUGAGUGCAAAGAAGUGCCUGAUGCCUGCUUCAACCACAACGGGGAGCACAGGUGUGAGAACACGGACCCCGGCUACAACUGCCUGCCCUGCCCACCGCGCUUCACCGGCUCACAGCCCUACGGCCGGGGCGUCGAGCAUGCCACGGCCAACAAGCAGGUGUGCAAGCCCCGAAACCCCUGCAUGGAUGGGACACACGACUGCAACAAGAACGCCAAGUGCAACUAUCUGGGCCACUACAGCGACCCCAUGUACCGCUGCGAGUGCAAGCCCGGCUAUGCUGGCAACGGCAUCAUCUGUGGGGAGGACACGGACCUGGACGGCUGGCCCAAUGAGAACCUGGUGUGCGUGGCCAACGCCACUUACCACUGCAAAAAGGAUAACUGCCCCAACCUUCCCAACUCCGGGCAGGAAGACUAUGACAAGGAUGGAAUUGGCGAUGCCUGCGAUGAUGAUGAUGACAAUGACAAAAUUCCAGAUGAUAGGGACAACUGUCCAUUCCAUUACAACCCCGCCCAGUAUGACUAUGACAGAGAUGAUGUGGGAGACCGCUGUGACAACUGCCCCUACAACCACAACCCGGAUCAGGCAGACACUGACAACAACGGGGAAGGGGACGCCUGUGCCGCAGACAUUGAUGGAGAUGGUAUCCUGAAUGAAAGGGACAACUGCCAGUAUGUGUACAACGUGGACCAGAGGGACACUGACAUGGACGGGGUUGGAGAUCAGUGUGACAACUGCCCCUUGGAACACAAUCCAGAUCAGCUGGACUCUGACUCAGACCGCAUUGGCGACACCUGUGACAAUAAUCAGGAUAUUGAUGAGGACGGCCACCAGAACAACCUGGAUAACUGUCCCUAUGUGCCCAAUGCCAACCAAGCUGACCAUGAUAAAGAUGGCAAGGGAGAUGCCUGUGACCAUGAUGAUGACAAUGAUGGCAUUCCUGAUGACAGGGACAACUGCAGACUGGUGCCCAAUCCUGACCAGAAGGACUCUGACGGUGAUGGUCGAGGUGAUGCUUGCAAAGAUGAUUUUGACCAUGACAGUGUGCCAGACAUUGAUGACAUCUGUCCUGAGAAUGUUGAUAUCAGUGAGACUGAUUUCCGCCGAUUCCAGAUGAUUCCUCUCGAUCCUAAGGGGACAUCCCAAAAUGACCCUAACUGGGUUGUACGCCAUCAGGGUAAAGAACUUGUCCAGACUGUCAACUGUGAUCCUGGACUUGCCGUAGGUUAUGAUGAGUUUAAUGCUGUGGACUUCAGUGGCACCUUCUUCAUCAACACUGAAAGGGACGAUGACUAUGCCGGAUUUGUUUUUGGCUACCAGUCCAGCAGCCGCUUCUAUGUCGUGAUGUGGAAACAAGUCACCCAGUCCUACUGGGACACCAACCCCACCAGGGCUCAGGGAUAUUCAGGCCUUUCUGUGAAAGUUGUCAACUCCACCACAGGGCCUGGCGAGCACCUGCGGAAUGCCCUGUGGCACACAGGAAACACCCCUGGCCAGGUGCGCACUCUGUGGCAUGACCCCCGCCACAUAGGCUGGAAAGAUUUCACCGCUUACAGAUGGCGUCUCAGCCACAGGCCAAAGACAGGUUUCAUUAGAGUGGUGAUGUAUGAAGGGAAGAAAAUCAUGGCCGACUCAGGACCCAUCUAUGACAAAACCUAUGCUGGGGGUCGACUAGGGUUGUUCGUCUUCUCUCAAGAAAUGGUGUUCUUCUCCGACCUGAAAUACGAAUGCAGAGAUUCCUAAUCAGCGAACUUGAUCAAGGACUGCUCAUAACCAAUGCUGUAUUGCACCUUUUGGAACCAUGGGCUUGAGAAAACCCCCAGGAUCACUUCUCCUUGUCUUCCUUUUUUCUCUGCUUGCAUCAGCCUGGACUCCUAGAACAUGUGACUUGCCUCGAGAAAAUGCAGUUUUCCAAAAGAGACUCAGCAUUCAGCCUCCAGUGAAUGAGACGACAUCUUCCAAGAAUACAAACAAUGACUUUGGUUUGCUUUUGAAAAAGCAAAGGCUUCUACUUGCUUCAUUUGGGAAGGUGCCCUCUCCACUCUGCGUUUGUCACAGAGCAGGGAGCUUUUGUGUGGCUCUCAGAGCAGGGGACUCAAAAGCAUUUUCAGGCUUGUGAGAGAAGGGAGGACUCACCAGGAUUAGCAAACAAAACCAGCCUGACAUCCUCCCUCAGGAACAGGGGGAGCAGGGGCCAGAGCCCUAAGGGGAGGGCACGUACCCCAGAGACGAUUGUCUGAAGAAAACACGGAGGAACUGUUACAUGGUCGGUACUAAGUCAUUUUCAGGGGACUGAAAGACUCUUGCUGGAUUUCAUGAUGCUGACCGGUGUGUUGGCUGAUUAACCCGCGUAAAUAGGCACUUAACUAGGAACAGGGAGGGGAGAGGACUGGCUUCAGGACUUCCUCCCUGACCCUUACCCCUUAGGUAUCACCUGGAGUUGCCAAAACAGGGAGUCAGGAUUAAACCAGUGCACGGCACUGCUGGCUGCCACUGCCGGCUCACAUUGAAAUUGUUGGUUUUAUUACAGAUGUAGCUUGUGCAGAUGUAGCAGGAAAACAGGAAAACCUACCAUCUCAGUGAGCACCAGCUGCUCCCCAGGGAGGGCCAGCUGUGCUUAUAUGCUUAUGGUUAGAAAGGCACAAAAUUAUUAUCAACCUAACAUUCCUUUUUCUCCUUUUUUCCUAAAUUAUCAUAGAGUUUUCCAAGUCUCUCUUUUGGACUGUAGAUUUUUUUUUAAAAAAAACAAAGGCUUUACAAUGUAAAAUAUUUAUUUUUUAGUUCUUCUGGAAGAUCUGGUCGAAGGCUAAUUCAUGGAAAAGGAAGCCGUGGAAGGACUAUCCAUAUCAUCUUUGUUAGGAGUCUUCGUGACUAUAAGAUUGUAAAUACGGAUUAUUUAUUAACUCCGUUCUGCCUGGAAUUUAGGUUUCAUGUGGAAAGUGUUUUCAGAGAGCAGGUAGUUGAAAUUUAUCAGCAAAUCUCUUACAAGAAUGGCACAAAGAAAAUCAGCAGAGCCAGCUCUUCCUCCCUUUGUGCUUAGAACGAAUGUUUUGGGGAUUCUUUCUUUUAUUUUUGUUUUGUCUUGUCUCUUUCCAAGUGGAAUAAGUUGGUUCGGCAUUUGCAAGUGUUGUAGAUUGCAAAGAAAGCCAUCUGGUCUUCCAUACUGUUUGACCCCAUCCCUCGUGCCUAUUUCCAGGGAGAAGAAAAGCUUAUACGCUUUUUUUUUUUUUUUCAUUUUUCCAAAAGAAAAAAAAAAAUGACAAACGUGAAACUUAUAUACAAAUAUUACCUCAUUUGUUGUGUGACUGGGUAAAGAAUUUUUGGAUCAAGCAGAAAGAGUUUAAGUGUCUAACAAAGCUACUGUAGUACCUAAAAAAAGUCAAUGUUGUACAUAGUAUAAAAACUCUUUGCGGAAAAGUAUUCCCGAUAAGGAAAUAGCAUUGAAAUGUUAAAUACCAUUUCUGAAAGUUAUGUUUUUUUUCUGUCAUCUUUGUAUACCAUUGCUUUAUUUUUAUAAAUUAUUUUCUCAUUGCCAUUGGAAUAGAUCUCUCAGAUUGUGUAGAUACGCUAUUUAAGUAAUUUAUCAGGAAAUACUGCCUGUAGAGUUAGUAUUUCUAUUUUUAUAUAAUGUUUGCACACUGAAUUGAAGAAUUGUUGUUUUUCUCUCCUUUGUUUUGUUUGUUUUGAUUUAUUUUGUUUGCUUCCCCUCCCCCACCCAAGUUUUUACUAUUUGCCAAUACCUUUUUCUAGGGAUGUGCUUUUUUGUACACAUUUUUAUCCAUUUUACAUUCUAAAACAGUGUAAGUUGUAUAUUACUGUUUCUUAUGUAUAAGGAACAACAAUAAAUCAUAUGGGAAUUUAUAUUUA